AUGUCACCUCACCAGAGACGUAUCGCCUUCAACUCCCACACGCAGUCAUUCUCUGGCAACUAUCAUCUACCGGCAUCGCUGAAGGGCUGUGGUUAUGGCUGUCAGAUUCAUCAUGUUGUGUAUUGUUUUAUUGUGGCAUAUGGCACAAAGCGAACACUCAUUCUAAAGUCACGUGGAUGGCGCUACAAUAAAGCAGGCUGGGAAGAUGUCUUUCAGCCUUUAAGUGAAACCUGUACUGAUCCUUCAGGAUAUACUCACUCACACUGGCCAGGCUCAAAUGAAACUCAGGUUGUGGAUCUCCCCAUCAUUGACACGUUAUCUCAACGGCCUCCAUAUCUUCCCUUGGCAAUUCCUAGAGACAUUUCUGAACGUUUAACAAGACUGCAUGGAGAUCCAGCUGCCUGGUGGGUAGGACAGUUUCUGAAAUACAUGCUCAGGUUGCAGCCAAAAACCCAGGAAAUGCUAGACAGCAUGGCAGAAACCCUUGGAUUUCAGAAACCCAUUGUUGGAGUACAUGUUCGAAGAACUGAUAAGGUUGGAACAGAAGCAGCAUUUCAUGCCAUUGAAGAAUAUAUGAGUCACGUCGAGAAUUAUUAUGCAGCCCUCAAUUUGCGUCAAGCAACUGUAGUGAAGAGGGUCUAUUUAGCAUCUGAUGAUCCAACUGUUAUUUCAGAGGCCCAGAGGAAGUAUCCAGAUUAUACCUUCAUUGGGGACCCGAACAUUGCUCGCACUGCAGCUGUAGCAACACGAUACACAGAUGCAUCACUCAAGGGCAUCAUUGCUGAUGUACACUUCCUCUCACUUACAGAUUAUCUUGUAUGCACGUUCUCUUCGCAGGUAUGUCGAAUAGCAUAUGAAAUAAUGCAAAGCAUUCAUCCAGAUGCCUCUAGUUACUACAGAUCCUUAGAUGAUAUAUACUACUAUGGUGGCCAGAAUGCUCACAACCAGAGGGCUCGAUUUAUUCACACACCACAAAGCAGGUCUGAUGAGAUGGCCCUUAAACCAGGCGACAUAGUGGGCAUAGCUGGUAAUCACUGGGAUGGUUACUCCAAGGGCGUUAAUCGCCGCACUCGACAAAGUGGCCUAUAUCCCUCAUAUAAAAUGGAAGAGGUAGUAGAUAUAGCAGAUUUUCCAUCAUAUUCACAAGUUGAUAAGAGAAAUAGAACAUAAUUAGUAAAUUGUUUUAGAGUAACUAGUAAAUUGUUUUAAAAUAAUUUAUAUUACCUCUAUUAUUUCUUUGUGAUAUUUCUCAAGAAUUACAUUUUGUGCUAGUGUGAAUAUAGAUCUUAAAAAAAUAAAUAUUUACCAUUACAAAUACAGCAACUGAAGUUCUUUGGCAGCAUGUGAUAUGCAAAAAUAAGCUAACUUGUCAAACUAUAUGAUUAUACUAUUUUAAUAAAUUGUGGGAGCUAAAAAUUUGAAUUUAAAAUUAAAUUCAAAGACAAUUUUCUCAUUAAAUUUCUUUGUAUCUUAUGAAAUAUUUUGGACAUUAUUUGAUUCUGAGUCAGUACUUAUUCCAUUUUCUUUAGUUGUAGUUUUACGGUUACAGUAUUCAUGUAAUUUUAUUCUGUAUUUAAAUCUGUUUGCUGAUUUAGAGCAAUUAAUUUUUAAAAUACAUAUACAUUAAUUUUUAAAAUACAUAUACAUCCUCUCCUCACUUAACGACGGAGUUCUGUUCCUACGACCAUGUUGGUAAAUGAAUUCGUUGCUAAGCAAGGAGCAUACUACUGUAUAAUGGUAGUGGGUUUGUGUCAACCAUCUUUGAUAUUGUUUUAAUGUCACUUUUGCACCAUUUAUAACAUUUUUAGUAUAUUUUUAAACGUUUAUGCAGUAGUGUACUGUACAUUGUAAUAAACAGAAUAGGGGAAAUCAGCUCACUGACCAGUAUGCAUACUGGUCAGAGAGCCCAGAGAGUCGUAAAUAUGAGUCAUCAGUAAAUGAGUACGUACAUCGCUAAGUGAGGAGAGGCUGUAUUGGGUUAUACCAAGCUGUCCGCUAUGAAAAGCAUUAGGGUUAAUUUAUAUUGUACAUGAAUUGGAAUAUUGCAUUCAUUACUCUGUUAUUGUAAUGGAUAUUUGUGUGGUUGAGAGGUUAUGCUUUCUCUGUGCAGCAAGCAUGAAAGGUGUCAGCCAAAGAAAACCAUAAUUUUUUCUGAUACUGUUGCCAAAGUGGCCAAGAAUAUUGUAAAAAAAAUUAUUUAUAUACGUACUGUAUAUACAUUAUGGUGUGUGUGACUGUGUGUAUGUGUUGUGCUUUUUAACCAGAAGUUUCAAACUUGGCUUAUAAAGUAAUAUUAAUUUUGCCAGGCAGGUCGAGAGUUCAUUUAUUUUUUGUAUAAAUAUGAAAAUUAGUCUGAAUGCCACUUUAAUAUAUUUCAUUGAUGUUAAAUAGUGCUGGCUAAAUUUACACUAGUCUAGAUAUGCUAGAUAAGCUUAAGUUAUUUUGCAUAAAAAAAUUUCAAAGUUAGAUUUCUGUUAGUCUGAGGCAAAAAGGAAAAAAUCAUGCAUUUCUUCACAUAAAUACAUCAGUAAGAGAAAUUUGAAAAAAAAAAAAAGUGAGUGUGAUCAUUCCUGGUUAUGAAGCACAUCACUAUAAAUAUUGUAUAUUUAUUUUCUAGGGAAUAAAUCUAGAAUUCAUGGUUAAUUUUAAGGGGAAAAAUUUAACAUUUGGAAGAUAGGUGAGAGAUUUUCAGGUUGUGGCAGCUUGCAUCAUGAGCUGCACAAAUUGUCAGGUUACAGUAAAACAAAACUGGAUAAGACCAAAUUUUAUAAAAUACAUAAUAACAAACACAUAAAUGUUAGAAAUGCAUUAGUCACCAGUUAAAAUACAGUGAGGCAAUAUAGAGGGAGGUUCCUCCCACAAGUAGUGACAUAGUAGCACAGUGGGUAUUAACACCUUCUUCCUCAUUAACCACAUGCAUUUUUAAAAUGUAUUAUUUUUAAAUUUAUUUCAACUUUUAAAGUGGUUUAAUACAGCUUUAUAAUACAGUGGGACCUCGGUUUUCGUGAUUAAUUUGUUCCAGAAAGUCUGACAAAAACCGAAUUGUACAAAAACUGAAGCAAUAUUUCCCAUAAGAAAUACAGUGACCCUCGUUUUUCAUAAUUAAUCCAUUUCAGAGAGCAUGACUAAUGGCGAAAUUGACGAUUUGCGAAACCAUUUUCCCCAUAAGAAAUAAUGUAAAUCCAAUUAAUCCAUUUCAGACCAAAAGUAUUAACAAAAAAAUAUUUUUUUUUACAUGAAAUAUAGAUUUAAAUACACAGAAAACAAUGAGACAUGAAGAAUAAAACAAUAAUAACAUCACACUUACCUUUAUUGAAGACUGUUGUUGGUGUAUGAAUAAAAUAUGUCAUUACGUAUGUUAGGAAUUGUGGCGGUGACAGGGGAGUGUGUUUGGAGGCAGAACAAGAUAAUCCUUCAAUAUGACACUAAUACAGUGGACCCUCAGAUUAAGUCAUCAUCGGAAUAAGUAAAGUUUUUUUCGUCAAAAUGUUGGCUUGGUGAACAUCACUGAACUCGGUAUAAGUCAUUCGCCCGGAGUGUGUCCGCGUGGCCUGAGCGGCCCCAACACUCCAUGUACAGCCAGUGUGCCAUUGUUUACCAGCCAGUGAGGACGAUCCCAUGUGUUCAUAUGAUACAUUUUGUAUUAUUCCAUUCUUUUUAGUGCUUGUAACUGCUAAAUAAGCCACCAUGGGCCCAAAGAAAGCUUUUAGUGCCAGCCCUUUGGUAAAGGUAAAGGGCUGAGAGAGAGGAGAGAAUGUGCCUUUUUCAGUGAUUCUGCAAUAUGUACGAUACUAAAGCAGCAGGAGUCUAUAAAGGCUAUAGCGCCAGCCAGUGAUAAAGUGUAGCAUUAACAGUGUAGCAAGUAAGUUAAGCGAUUAAUUGAUAGAAAAAGGACAGCAUGAAACUGACUCCUCCAUUGUUGUUGGAAGUAUAUAGAGCUACUGACUAACACCGUCGCCUCUGCUGCUGCCUUCACCACCACUACGUAAGGCUUCUCUUUCAGUGGCCUUUAUACAGUGGACCCUCAGUUAAUGACGUCAUCAGAUAACGACACGUUUUUGCGUCAAAAUAUUGGCUCAGCAACAAAGAACUCGGUUAAAGUCAUUCAUCCCGAAUGUGUCCGCUUGGCCUGAGCAGCCCGGCCACUCCAUGUACAGCCAGUGUGCCUUUGUUUACAAGCCAGUGAGGAUGAUUCCACACUUACAUGCGAUACAUUUUGUAUUAUUCCAUUGCUUUAGUGCCAGCCCUUUGGUAAAGAGGGUGAGAAACACCAUAGAAUUCAAGAAAAAGUUGGUAGAAAGAUAAGAAAGUGGUGGUGGUGGCAGACGGUGGUAGUGAUGGUGGCACACCAGCCAGGGUACUUUCCCACACACCAGCCAGGGUACUUCCCCACAUGCCAGCCAGGGUACUUCCCCACAUACCAGCCAGGGUACUUCCCCACAUACCAGCCAUGGUACUUCCCCACAUACCAGCCAGGGUACUUCCCCACAUACCAGCCAGGGUACUUCCCCACAUACCAGCCAGGGUACUUCCCCACACACAUGAUUUUAUGUGAGUGGGACUUAUGCAUGAGUGAAUAGAAUUAUCAAAGCUUAUUGCUUGGGAAGCAUUUAAAAUUGGGUUGGGCAAAUACGAUUCUGUUAGUGGGAUGGUUUGUGAAAGACCUGCUUAGUAUGGGCCAACAGGCCUGCUGCAGUGUUCCUGCUUUCUUAUGUGCAAACAUUUAUGGAUGAACAUCACCCUGACACAACUGUUGCAGGCCAUGCUGACAAUAUCUACAAUGACAAUGUUGUGUCCCAGUUUAGGGAAAUUUUAAAGAGAUACCAGAAACAGAGCUCUCUGGACAGAUAUUUAGUGCCACAUGUGUGCAGUGACUCUCAAGCUGGUCCUAGUGGCAGUAAAAAACAAAGAAGGGAAGUAACCCCGGAAAAGGACUUGGUACCUGAAGUCUUUAUGGAAGGGGAUUCCCCUUCCAAACAGUAGCACACCUCCAUCCUCUCCCCUCCUCCCAUCUCAUCACUCAUUAAUAAGUCUUCAAUAAAGGUAAGUGUCAUUUUAGUAUUGUUUAUUCUGCAUGUCUCAUUGUUUUCUGUGUAGGGAAAUGUAUAUUUCAUGUAAAAAAAUUAUUUUGUUUAAUAUUUUUGGGGGUCUGGUACGAAUUAAUUGGAUUUCCAUUAUUUCUUAUGGGGAAAAUUAAUUUGGAUAACAAUAGAAUCGGUUAAAGACAAGCUCUCUGGAACAGAUUAAUGUCAUUAACUGAUGGUCCACUGUACACCCAACAACAAACAACACACCACCACUCGUGACAUUCUUAAUGCCAUAUUUUAUUCAUUCUAGAGUAUAUAUCAUGUUUCUAUGUUAAUUAUAUUGUUUAUUAUGUCAUAUUAGAUGAAUUUUGCUUGAUAAAUAAGCCAUAGAGCUGAUAUUAGUGUCAUAUUGAAGAACUAUCUUGUCCUGUCUCCCAACACAAUUCCUAACAUACGCCAGAAACAGACCUCUCUGGAACACUUUUUUGAGUGACAGGGGUCCUAGUGGCAUUAAAAAACAGAGGGAAGUAACCCAGGAUAAGGACUUGGUAUCUCAAGUCUUUAUGGAAGGGGAUUACCCUUCCAAACAAUUGUAAACUCCUCCAUCCUCUCCCCUCCACCCGUCUUCCAUACAUCACCAUGUCUUCAGUAAAGGUACGUGUGAUGUUGUUAUUGUUUUAUUCUUCAUGUAUCAUUGUUUUCUGUGUAGGUAAAUGUUUAUUUCAUGUAGAAAACAUUUUUAUUAAUACUUCUGGGUUUCUGAAACAGAUUAAUUGGAUUUCCAUUAUUUCUUAUGGGGAAAAUUAAUUCGGAAUUAGAUUCGGGAUAAGUCACUCUCUCUGGAACGGAUUAAUUACGUAACCCGGGGGUCCACUGUAUCGACUCUAUGGCUUAUUCAUCUAUCACAAUUCAUCUAAUAUGACAUAAUAAACAAUAUUAAUAACAUAGAAACAUGACAUCCUACUACUCUAGAAUGAAUAAAAAAAUGUCAUUACAUAUGUCACAAGUGGUGGUGUGUUUUGUUGUUGGGUGUAUAAGGGCCACUGAAAGCAUAAGCUGUACAUAGUAGUGGUGAAGGCCAGCAGAGGCGGUGGUGUUGUCAGUAGCCCUAUAUAACUCCAACAACAUUGGAGGUGUUAGGUUUGUGCUGUCCUUUUUCUAUCGAUUAAUCCUUAACUUGCUACACUGUUAAUGCUAGACUUUAUUGCUGGCUGGCACUGUAGCCUUUAUUGAUUCGUGCUGCUUUAGUAUAGUACAUAUCGUAGAAUCACUGAAUCACUGAAGAAGGCACAUUCUCCCCUCCUCCUCCACUUUGGUACUUUGCUACAAGUUCUUUCUUGAAUUCUAUCGUGUUUCUCACCUUCUUUACCAAAGGCCUGGCACUAGGAGCUUAUUUAGCAGUUGCAAGCACUAAAACAAAUGGAAUAUUAUGAAAUGUAUCGUAUAAAUGUGUGGGAUCGUCCUCACUCGCUGAUAAACAAUGACACACUGCUGAUGCUUACGAAAAACGAGGGUCCACUGUAAUGUAAAUCCAGUUAAUCCGUUCCAGACACCCAAAAAUAUUAACAAAAAGUACAUUUUAUAGAGAAUAACUGUAGUUUUACAUAUAGAAAAAAUGAGAAAUAAAUAUAAAUGACUAAUGAAAUGGAUAAAUGAACAUUUAACAUCACUUUUACCUUUAUUGAAGGCCUCUGCUGGCCUUUAUUUCAAGCCUCUGCUGGCCUUAAAUUCACUAACAACAGCACUCAUUCCAGGCAUUUUCUUUAUGAGAUCUGCAUGCAAUUGCCUUGCCUUUACGCAAAUUAUCAACUAUAAAAAACACUAUCUCCCUCUAAUUGUUUUUCAUUGAUCCACACCAACAAGAACUUCUCAACAUCUUCAGUUGUUUGUUAUCUCUGUUUCAUUAGCACAUUUACCCCUUUAACAACAUAGCUUCCUUGAUUUCUUUUUUUCGUUGAUGUGGAUUUCCCACACAUCCUGGUGAGAUCGGCCACCUGUACGCCACUUUCAUACUUAGCUACGACUUCUUUUUUUUGAAUUCUACCAUGUUUCUCGCCUUCUUUAUCAAAGGGCUGGCACUCGGAACCUUCUUUGGCCCCAUGGUGGCUUAUUUAGCAGUCAUACUCAAUAAACAAGCACAAAAAACGAUGGAUUAUUACGAAAUGUUUCGGCUGAGCACUCGGGGUGAUGCUCACUCAACGAUAAACAAAGGCAGACUGAGUCACUUGGUGCUUGAAUGAUUCAGGUGGACAUGUUCAGUACGGACCAUUGUCAGCUCUACAAAAACCGAGGUGAUAUACAAAAACUGGGACAAAAUUUCGACGGAAAACGUCGUCAAAAAACGAAUCCUAUGAAAACUGGGGCUUGCGAAAACUGAGGUACCACUUACGAUUUAAAUUUUUUUCUUCACCUCCAAAACACAAGUAUUGUGUUUUUAAUAAUAAAUCAUAAACAUAUAAGUAGACUUUAGUGAAUAAAUGGCAGUUUUAUUUAUAUACAGUGUUUCUUUGUUAGCCUUCCCUUCCUCUUGUGCUGUGCUCAGGAUGUAAUAUACCUGUCUUCUGUUCCUCUACUGUGCCUUCUCUGCUCUACUUUCCCUACACACAAAAUGCUGUGGGAUAACAUAACUAAAGGUCAUGAUUUAUCUUUCUGACUCACAUGCUCUAUUACUUUAGUUCUUAAUUGCUCUGCUGGCUUUGCACAAAUAUCUCUGUGAAUGCUUAAAGAUGAAACCAAAGCAGCUUAAGAGUACCACAGUCUUUAAGCCAAGAGUUACUACUGAGUCACUUGCAGAACCACACACAGUAUUACCUAAGACUGCAUGACUAAAUAUUUCCCCAAGAUCACUAGCCUGAUAUUUGGAAUUGAAAGUAAAAAUUCCUGAGAGUUCAGCUAUAUAUUCAUUUGUUGCAGAAAAAAUAAUUUGUUAAGUGGGGACUGUCACCCCAGUUCCUAACCCAUAUUAUUUCCCAUUGAAUUAAUGUCUUGCCAUUUGCAAUUUUGUAUUUAACAAGGUUUUCAUGAAAGGUAACCCUUGUGAAUGGUAUGUGUGAAUGCAUGUGCACAUGUGCACACACACACACAGUGUACAUAUUAUCAAGUGGCCAUAUAUAAUGAUGCAUUCUUUGUUAGUUUGCUCAGGGUAGACUAUGAUGGCAGAUCAUACAAAAUUAGUGUGUAAUCUGAGCAUAUAUGUUCUAAUAAUGAAGGACUUCUGGGUCAUGGGAAGAUAAUGCAUAUCAACAUUUUAACAGAAUAUUACAAUGAUUUUUUUAAAAAUUUGCAUUGUAAUCAUUGAGAAUAAAAUUCUCUGAAUGUUUACCACACUGCAGCAGUGUUAAGUCUCUGAAUUUAUAAAUUGGUUUUAUGGCAUUAAUACUUUAAUGUUGGUCAUAUUAAAAUUAUUAAUCUUGUAUUGUUAAAAACAGUUAUUAUUCAUUAUUGGUAUAUUUUUAUUUUGUUUAUUGUCAGAUAGACUGAUACACAGUACAGUGUGUAGUAGACACCUGUUAUUUAAGUCUUAAAUUUCUAUGCCUGUCAUAAAGUAGUUGCUCAUGAAUUACAUUUAUUAAUUACACCAGACCCUCAUAUUACAAGAUUUAUUUGGCACAUUUUGGUUAUUACACUAUUGAAAAAUUGCAGCAUAAUUUACGGUUUGCUGGAGGGGAAAAAAUUUGGAGCGUUGCCCGUGGGAUAUUUCCCUAGCUCAGGCCACCGCCUGGCUGUGGGUGAGAUCACUGUCUCUGUAGGGCUGCACCGGGCUUCAAGGCAGCAAAGGAUCACCCCACCUUGCUCCUUUGCAGUAAUGUGUCAGAUGAUUUCAAGUGUAAGCCCAUGGUUAUUUACUGUUCUCAUUCUUUGAAAGGUGUAGAUAAAAACACCUUACCAGUAAUUUGGAGGUCAAAACAGUCAGCCUGGAUGACAAGAGGAAAUAUUUAUUGACUGGUUUAAGCAUCACUUUAUUCCUGAAGUCAAGUUUUACCUGCACAACAAAAACCUUGCAUUCAAGUUUCUCUUCAUUCCUGAUAAUUCCCGUACUCAUCCAGAAGCUUUGCUGGAUGUGACCCCACAUGUAAAAGUUGGUCUUUUUACCUCCAAAUACAUCUUUAAUACAGCCACUGGAUUGGGGAGUUAUUAAGUCAUUCAAGUGUAACUACACAAGAAAAGUGAUGAAAAAAUUAGUUGCAUCAGUGGUCUCUGACUUCAACCUGGCAGUACCAAGCUUCUGGAAUAAUGUAUAAUGUACUGCAGGGUAAAAGAAGCCAGAGAUCCAUUGCAGAAUUUAUGCACGCUUCAAUACAACUUUAGAACCUCAGCCAUCCACUUCUGCCGACAACCAACAACCAUUCACCUCUUCAGUCAGUGACAUACACCAGCAACCACAAUUUAAGGUAAAUAUUAUUUCUGUUGCAUAUUUAGUCGUAAGCAACAAAAACAACAUUAUCAUUUUUAUUUUUGUAAGAUCUGGAUAUCUAAAAAAAGUUGUUUGGCUUUUUUUUUUUUUUUUUGGGGGGGGGGGGUGUCCCAGGAACAUUACCCUAUUUUUCCCAUAAGUUCUUCAGUUUAUAUGACGUGGAUUUAUCUAACAUGCCAUUUUCAGGACUGUAACUACUGUGUAAUAUGAGGGUCUACUGUAUUUCUGGGGAUAAUAUCUUAGGCUAAUGGAACUUACAUAUUAAAGAAGAAAAUGUUUCCUAUGUAUAACAGAGGGUCAAAAAUUAUAUCCAAUACCACAGUAUUAAACUUUUAUUAUGUAGUAUAGUCAUACCUUGUUAAUACGGCUUUUGAGCUCUUCGCUAAUACUGCGAUUUUUAAUUAUAUUCACAUUUAAUAUUUUUGGUGCUUGCCUUGCUCUUAAGAUGCUUUUCAUCAAUUUUCAAAAAAAAAAAAUAAUUAUUAUUUUUGCUUUUGCAUCAUUUUAUAAGCCUAGUACUAUUGUUCACUUAAGUGAUAGUGUAAACAUAUUUUAGGCUUUUAUGUGUACUGGUAAGUGAAACAAAAGGCUGUGAUUUACUUUAAGGCAAUAUUCGCUUUAUGGUGGCUGUCUGGAACCUAACCUGCCGUGUUAGUGAGGUAUGCUGUAUGUACUUCAAACAAUGUUUGAUUUUGAGGGAUUUCAGGAUUAGAAAUAUCAGACUUAAGAGUUUAUAUUUAUGUUUACAUGUGAUUUUGUUACGAUAAUACUGUAUUGUAUUACAGUAUCUCAUUUACAUAAAAAAACUGAGAUCUCCAAAACAGCAGAUUAAAAAAUGCUCACUCAGCUGGAAUCCCCACUAGAGCAGACAGGCACUGCUCCUGAUAAAACAGAUAAGCGGGAGCAUACUGUGUUAAACAAACUAAGCAUGGUUUCAUAUUUUAAUGUCUUAUUAAAUGUUUUUUGCCAGCUUAUGUUAAGUUCUUUCCAUUUUUUUUAAUAAUUACUGGUAAAUUAAAAUAUUUAAAAGUCUUUAAUAAAAAGUGCUGUACAAGAUAAAUGACAAAUUGGACCUUGUGUACUGAAUUGGGUUUCUUGUAUAAAAAUUUUAAAGUGACUUAUUCAUCUUAUUUGUUGGCCAAUCUUUCAUAUUCAACAUUUGUAACUUUUAUGAUUGUGUUCUGUUCCAGCGCAUGUUAAGAGAAAACAUGAAGUGUAUUAUAUCGUGCCUUUAAUUUGUAUGUUGUGGACUUCACUGUAAAAUAAUCAUUCUUUUAUUACAGCAUGUUUCCAAAAAUGGGGCAGGCAGUUCCAUUUCUGUAUGCCUAAGAUUUCAUAAAUAUUUUAAUACUGUAUUUGUUACUCUCAGUUAGGUUUGUUUAAUUUAACAUAUAUGAACCCAUAUUUCCAUAUAAUUACCCAAUAAGAAAUUAAAAAAAAAUAAGAAGCUUGCCUCUAGCAGCAAGAGGAGUUACCUCAAGCUUUUAACCUGUUAACUGUCCAAACGUAGAUCUUCAUUCUUACUGCCAGUGCUCUGAAUAUUUUGAAAAAUAAUUUUUUUUUUAAAUUAAAGAGGGCAGUUUUCUGUGUAAUAACCCCCCCCCCCCCAAAAAAAAAAAAAUUAGGGUCAGUACUUACCGAGAUAUGAGACUGUGAAGUUAGCGCUGGAUGCUCACCCGACGACAAUAUGGAGUACUGCUGCUUACAGAAAUGUUGCCGAUAAACUUUUUUUUCUCUCUUUUUUAAUUAAUAAAACUUUUAUGUUCUGAUAAUUACAAUUUGUAGUAGUUCUCGUGAUUUUAUUGCCAAUGUUUGUUCUAACACUAAUAUUAGGUACUGAAAUAGUACUCAAAUAGUCACAAACACACUGACAGGUAAACAUUUUCACCUGCCUUGGUCACAUACUAUUGUCUAGAAAUAUAUACAAAGUAUUUAUAAGUCCCAGCAAUGUUUUAGACAUGCUGGAGUAUAUAUGAACCUCCUUGAAACACGGUGUAAGACCGAGUGUCACUCCACUGCUGACAGUGCAGUAGCGAGUGACAUUGAUGAUCAUGCACUGCCUUGGCUUUAUUUGUUUUCACUGUUACACAUAAACAUGUCUGUCUAGCUCUGUCUCUGCUUGUGUCUCUUUGUCUGUCUCUCUUUCUGUCUUAGAGAGGGAGCCGCUCAUGAACCAACAGGUAUUACACAUGAUGCAGAGUUGUCGCAUCUGAUUCCUGAACAAGUGAAUAUGUGUUUUACUUGCCAGUCAUGCUUAUUAUGCCUUAUAUCUACAAGCACAGUAUAGCACUUUGUCUGGAUUAUUUUUGGGUUAUCCUAGGUAAUUUACACUAUGUAUAAUACCUGUAUUUAUGUGUACCUGUCAGAUAGACAGAGACAGACAGAAGAUAGACAGAGAUAGAUAGAGACAGCCAAAGUCAAUCAGUCACCCACCUGGCUAGCCAGCUGGCCUGCCAAACACGUAUUACCUGUUCCAGAAUCGUUUCUCUUUACUUAGGGCAUAGGUUAUAGGACAUUAUGGCAGGAUAACACUACCAAUGGUAUCAAAAUUGAAAGGAUGUUACACAAAUGUUGCACAUGGGUUAUUAUCGAGGUUUUUGAUAUUUCCUUGACCCCUUGUGGGGUCAUCAUCACUUUCCUUUUUAAAGGGGAGUGUUAAUACGACAUGACAUCAGUGAAUUCCUGGUGUUUGCCAUGCUGUUUGCUCUAGCUGACACUCAGUUUAACUGGUGCUCCCACAAGGGAGUCCCAGAUUUUUUUAAUACUGCACACACACUGUGUUAAGACCCAUUAUGUACUGACCCGGCAUAUCAGGCCAAUCGUGCCAAACUUGGAGGCAGGAAAAAUAAAACAUUGAUCUACGUUUGGAGUGCUAGCAAUAAGAACUCAGAGAGUAGAUAAACUCUCGAAACUCUUCAAAGGUAUAUCAAAGGUAUAUCUAUAUUUGGACAGUUAAGGGGUUAAAUGUGCAUUUUCAUAUGCAUGGUAAAAAUGUGUAUAUGGGUUAUAUAUUUUUACUAUACAUAUAUAUAAUGAGAGUAGACAGCAACCACUCAGGGAAGUACUACCAUCCUGUCAAGUGAGUGUAAAACAAAAGCCUGUAAUUGUUUUACAUGAUGCUAGGAUUGUUGAUGUCUUUUAUCUGUCUCAUAAACAUGCAAGAUUUCAGGUACAUCUUGCUAGUUCUACUUACACUUUGGUCACACUACACAUGCAUGUACAAGCAUAUAUAUACACACACCCCUUUGGGUUUUCUUCUAUUUUAUUAAUAGUUCUUGUUCUUGUUUAUUUCCUCGUAUCUCCAUGGGGAAGUGGAAUAGAAUUCUUCCUCCAUAAGCCAUGCGUGUCGUAAGAGGCGACUAAAAUGUUGGGAGCAAGGGGCUAGUAACCCCUUCUCCUGUAUACAUUACUAAAGUUAAAAAGAGAAACUUUUGUUUUUUCUUUUUUAGGCCACCCUGCCUUGGUGGGAUAAUGGGCAGUUUGUUGCAAGAAAGACAGAAAAGAUAUAAUGAAACACAUUUGAACCACACAAUACAGUAAUAUAUUUUAUUGUAUGGCUAUAAAAAUUUCAGAUGUAAAACAGUUGCUGUUUGAUUUGAAGUCUUUAUUUAGCAACUUUAUGACUUUUCAUUUUAAUAAGAUAAAAUAUUGUGGCAAGCUUAAAUUAUGUAUUAUUAUAAUCAUAACCAUGCACUAAAUCUGUAAGGGUGGCAAGCUUAAAAUCUUGUCAAAUUUAUUUGUUUUGAGAGAGAAGUUUACCUUAUAUCAUUCAUGUGUAAUUGUCAGAGUAGAAACAGUUCUAGGAUUCACACAAGACAAAGUAAAGGUUAUGUGACACCACAACACACACUGUUAUAUCACCCUUCCUUUCCUUGGAUUGAACCUGACCACCUCUAUAUCCCAGUUGUUAUGUGGCCCCCAGUAGGCUCAGCACUUCCUCCUGAUUAAUAUAAAAAGUCUAUAACCAUCACAUGUACAUAAAAUUUUAGUUACUUCAAAAGUAAAUUGAUAGUUUGAUUGUAGAAAAAGUGAAAAUGUAUAGGGAUUUAUGCAAUAUAAUAAUUAUCCAAACCAAUCUUAAUUUACACAUUACGAUUUAAUUAAAAAGAAAUAAUUAGUAAGAUUAUCAUUGUUGGUUUCAGGUAUAAAUUCAUUAGUAUUAGAUAAUUCCCACUGUACCUGUAAUAGUAAUACAGUACAGUAUUUUGGCAAUUCUGGUAUUCCCGAUGACUUUCAAUGAUGAUGACUAAACAAGAAUUCCGAACAGAAGCAACUCUGCAUUGGGCAGGCCUAGAUAAAAAAAAUUGGGACUGAAAUUGUACUCCUUGACAAAGGCUAGGGUUGUCUUUUCAUCAUUGCUCAUAUGACCAUGAAUAUACAGUAGACAAGUGGAAAAUAGUAGAGUUUCCAGUGUACAUUAUUAUAUUUCCCUUGAAGUUAGUGAAGGUCUUUUGCUCCAGGGACUGGAGCUAUCUUUUCCUUCCUUGGAUCAAAAUUGAAUGCUUCCUGUUCCCUAGGUGUUGUAAUGGCACUACAGGUGUAGUGCUUUUCUAAUGUAUGUAGUGUCUGUUUAUUUACCUUUUGUAUGUUAUAUGUUAUUUGUAUGUUACUGUAUGGGUGUUAGAGUAAUGUAGGAAAUAAGAGAAUUAUUUUUGAUCCAAGGAGAGGGUAGCUCUAAUUAUUUGUGGAUUAAGAACUUUGCCAGCAUCAACACCAUAUUCCUUGAUGGGAAGGUUCCACUGUACACUAUUUCAAAUUGGUUUAUCUGUAUAUUAUUAGAGCAGUCUAACAAAACCUGUUAUUUAGCACAAAGUCCUCUUUUUUUAUUCCAUUAUUUUAUAUUCUUUUCCAUGAUGUCAGUGGCUUUCCACAGUUUUCAAAGAAUUUAGUGAAUUGCAAUUUAUGCCAUAUAAUAGGCCUCUGAUUAACAUUAAUUAUUCUGCAUAUUCAAAGAAUGGUGCAUGUCUCUCCAUCCACCACAUUAUUUUUUUUAUAAUAGACAGGCCAUAUCACACUGAGGCAGGGUGACCUAAAAAGACUAACUAAAGUUUCUCAUUUUAUAUUUAGUAAUGUAUACAGAAGGGUUUACUAGCCCCUUGCUCCCAGCAUUUUAGUCGCCUCUCAUGACACGCAUGGCUUAUGGAGGAAGAAUUCUGUUCCACUUCCUCAUGGAGAUAAGAGGAAAUAUAGAAGAACAAGAACUAUUAAGAAAAUAGAAGAAAACCCAGAUGGGUAAAGAUAUUUAUACAUAUGUAGUGUGACCUAAUUGUAAGUAGAAGCAGCAAGAUAUACCUGUUAUCCCGCAUGUUUAUGAGACGGAAAAAAGACACCAGCGAUCCUGCCAUCAUGUAAAACAAUUACAGGUUUCUGUUUCACACUCACUUAGCAGGACGGUAGUACCUCCCUGGGUGGUACUACCAUCCUUCCUGGUAUUAGUUUGUCCAUUCAUGAAAAAAAAUCUAUCAAAGACCAUCUGAAAGUUUUUUAUCCAGCAAAAUCCUUGAUACCAUUAAGGGGGGUUUAAUCACAGGAAUUGUACUUAUCCUUGCUUUCCUUGGAUGAGACAUAAUUGUCCCCUGGCUCUACAUGAUCCUUUCCCUGGGUGCUGUAUGAUCUUAGUGCGUUUACCACUUUUCCGUGAAUAUUACAAUAAUAAUAAUACAUGAUCCCUAUUGAUCUCUAGUAGAAAUAUUGCAUAGUGAACUAUUAGAUACAUUAGUACCAAGAUCAGUUUUAUUCCUUGAACAUAAAUGGAUAUAUUUAGUUUCAGUAAAAAGUAGGUAAUAUUUAAAACCAAGAACAAUGUUUUUACACAAAAAUAAUUACUGUAGUCUUCAAAUAUUUUUCUACAAGUGCAUCCAAGAAAGGGGGAGGGAUAUUAAUGCAAAAUUAUAAUUUCCAGGCAGACAUAUUAAGACAGAGGGUAAUAGGUGUUCAGGUUGGAUUUUUAUGCGAAAUUCAGCACCUCAUUAAAUUUUCACCCUUACUGGUAAGGCCAGAUCCAAGAUAUAUGGUAUUCUUUCAUUUCUUUCAACAUGCCGGCUGUAUUAAUAAUAAUUUAUUUAAAAUCUUUAAGUGCUAUAUUUAGUUUUCUGUCAUAGGAAUGUAAGAAAAAGGGAGCACUGCAUUAGGCCUAUUGGCCCAUGCUAGGCAGGGUCAAGUCACACCCACUUCUGAUUUACAAAAAUCUUGGGACCUGUGUUUUGGAGUUGUGUGUUGUCAAGUCACCAGCCUUCACUGUUACUGGAACUCCUCUCACAUGGUUUGUUAUAUAGGUAAGAUUCCUGACCCUCAGCACAUGCAGCAAAUUCACAUAAAGUAAACCCAGUAUAACAUAAAACAGAAAUUCCUUCUGAGACUGCAAAUAUUUCUAUAUAAAAAAGAUGAAAAAUGGAGAGAAAAUCCAAAGUUCAACCAUAAUCACUAUACAGUACAAUAUAAAAUCAGAGAAAAAUUUCCACAUUUCCCUACUGGUUUUUAUAAAAAAAAAAAAAUGAUACCUGAUAGGUAUCAAAUGGCCAUAUACCUAAAGUAAAUGCAAUUGGUCAAAAACAAACUAGAUAGAAAUAUUCAAAAUUUAAUUGUAGCCUUCCUCCCUUUUCCCACCAACCAACCAGCCUGUCUGUCUGUCUGCAUUGAAGUGUAUACAUUGUGAAUAGGUAUGGCUUACAAGUCAGUGUUGGCGACGUAUUAAUACGCCAAAAUUCUAGCUGCUUCAGAUCUAGCCAGAUUAUUAUUAUAAUCAAAAAAAGAAGCGCUAAGCCACAAGGGCUAUACAGCAGAUCUAGCCAGAGAAAGUUGGUAGACCUACAUGUGAGAGAAUGGGUCUGCAUGGUCAGUGUGUGCAGUAUAAAAAAAAUUAUGCAACACGCAGUGCAUAAUGAGAAAAAAAUCUCCGAACGUGUUUUUGGUUUAAAACGCCGACUCUGAGGUGUAUUUUCAUAUGGUAUUUAUGGUUGUAUUCUUGGUCUCAUUUGAUAGAAUGAAAGAUAUAUUACAGAAAUAGAGAUGAUUUUGAUUGGUUUUACAAUGAAAAGUACCUUGAAAUUGAGCUCGAAGUAGUGGAAAUGUUUGAUUUUUGCCGAUGUUCAAGAGUAAACAAGAGUAAACUGCCCAAUACGUUUCCAACUGGCCAGUCUAAUACAAUGUCAUGAAUGGGCUGACAUAUUUAUACAAUUAUUACACAAAUGCAGUAGUCUGCAUAGCAGUAAAUCUUCUUUCUUUUGUGUAAAUAAAGAUUCCAAAUGGAAAGCAAGAGUAAUAUAAGAGGGGCCUGGAGACAUAACUAAUGAACAGAGAAAAUGUUAUUUUAGUGCUAGGAAUGUCUGUAGUGUUUAUUCUGGACCCUAUUUUGUAAUUAACAUUUUUUAAAUUUGUGUGAAAUUGGCCAAAUUGUCAAUUUCUGACCACUUUAUUGGGUAGUUGAAAUUGGUAAAUGGGCAGUUUCUUGUACUCAGUUGAUAGAAACAAAUGGAGUUUUAGCAAUAUAGCUAUGAGUUUGGUUGACUGAGACAAUGGAAUUGGCUGAAAAUAGGGCUCAAAGUGGGCAAAAUCGCUGAUGUGUAUAUAUUGCUGAGACCGCUAGCUUCGCGAGUACGUAAUUCCAUAUGUUUAUCAUCAAAUUUUGUACUUUUGGUGUCAUUUUGAUUGGGAAAAGAUUCUCUAUCAUUUCAUAAGUUUUUUUUUUUUAAAUUCUUCGACAUUGAGAGCAAGAUUGUAAGCAGGGGUCAAUACAGUGACUUUGCAGUGUAUUUUCGUAUAGUUUUUAUGGUUGAGCCCAAAGUAUAGGAAAUGUCUGACUUUUGCCAGUGUUCAAGAGUAAACAAAUUACAUCAUGUGUCCAAUACAUGCCAACUGGUGGGUCUAAUAUGCAUUUAUGAAUGUGCUGAUAUUAUUUAUAUAAUUAUUAAAAUAUUGCCUAACAGUAAGUCUUCUAUUUUUUGGUGUGGAUAAAAAUUCUUUGUGAACAAAAAAUCAAAAUGAAAUUCAUGGGUAAAGCCUGGAAAUGUAACUAAUGAACAGAAGAAAUGUUAUUUUAGUGCCAGGAGUGUCUGCAUUGUUUACUUUGAAAUUUGUAUAAAAUUGGCCAAAUUAGCAGUUUCUGAUCACUUUAUUGGAUAGUUGAUUGUACUCAGUCAUACAAUAGAAGACAUACUAGUAAAAUGGCUAAGAAUUUGGUCAACUGGAACAAUAUAAUUGGCAUAAAACAGGACUUAAAGUGGGCAAAAUCACUGAUGUGUAAAUAUUGCUGAUACAGGAAAAUUCGCAUAAGCCUAAUUUCGUCAAUUUUCAAUCAGUUUUUGUACUUUUUGUUUUAUUAUCUUCAGAAAAAGAUUCUCUACCAUUUUAUAAGAAAAAAUAACAAAUUUUCUUAUUUCUGAAAAUUCUUGGACCCUGUGGACAAGUUUCAGAUCAGGGGUCUGGACAAUGAAAGGGUUAAAAUAAUGGGCAAAAUCAUUUUUAUAAAUUGCACCUCAGGCUCCUUUAAUUUAAAUGUAUACUGCAAUAUAAUUAAAUUUUGUACAGUACUAUUUUUUUGGUAUACAGUCCUCUUCAAGGGGGGCUCCUUGGCACGGUGAAGAGGCUCUUGGUCUGAGGAAUUAGACUUUUUGGUCUCCUUCCUCAGACCAAACCCAGUUACCCUCCAAUCCCCCUUUCCUAUCCCAUCCUCGCCAUUUCCCCUUUUUCCCUUUCCUCCUCCUCUCCAUCCCUCCCCUGUUCCCUUCCCAUUUUCAGCCUUUGGGAUUCUUCCCACAGGCACUCUAGUUCCUAGUUUGCCGCGGAAUCUGAAUCACUUGGGGAUGUCCCGAUCCUUCUUUGGUCUCCUGGGGGGUGGCUUUGGGUGCCUUUCGGGUGAUGGGUGUAUCUCUGGAGGCUACCUUUCGGAUUCCAGGGGGUGAUGGCCAGAGGAGUCAUGCUUUGUGGUGGGUGUCCAGCCACCCUCUCUUUUGUUCACUAAGAUGGCUCGGUGGAGCUGUUGCUGUCCCGGAUUGCUGGUUUACUGGCAUGAAGGGUAGGGUAUGACAGGUUCCAUGCUGCAUCUGCACUACUUGCUGUGCUGAGGUCCUUUUGGGUGUGAAGGGAGAUUUACGGCCCUUUCAUUCCUCCACAUUCCCCCCUUUUUUCUUUUUUUUUUUAUUUUUUAUUUUUAUUUUCUGUCCUUUUUUUUCUAAAAAAAAAAAAGAAAGGAGUGACCUAACUAUGUAGUUCCCAAUCCAUAAACCUGCUCCCCCUGCACCCUGUUCUUGUCAUAGGGGUUCGGACAUUCUGACCCUGCCUCAAUAUUUGACCACUCUUCAGACAUUUCUAAUGUUCCUGUACCUUCUGCUGGUGCUGUUUUGACACUUGCUCCAGGUACCAGGGUUUCAACUGAUUCCUUCGAUACAUCUGACCUCCGAUCUUCUUUGACUAUGCUUCCGGCUUCUCCCUCUAUGGUGCGGCAAUUUUUGGACCGCCUGCCUGUCCCACAUGCCCAAGACCGUUACCUGAUGAUACUUCUUUGCUUCCUUCUCAUUCUACUCAGAAAAGACCGGAAUGUCACGCACUCCCUUUACACGCUAUGUUUCAAAAUAGUACACAGUGGACUAAGUUUUUUGCUCUAUGACCGACUUCUUCUACUGCCUAUCUUUCUGUCCAACAUGGCAAGGCUCUCCUAUGCCAUGUUGGUAGAGAUACAUCCUUUCAUGCUCUCGAGCAGUACACACAUCAUCACUGUCCAGAAUGCUAACCAAGCUCACGAUUUUUCUCUCCUUACAACUAUUGAUACUAUUCCUGUAACUAUUGAAAAACAUCAUUCCCUCAAUUCUUGUAGUGGUACUAUCAUUCUCCCCUAUACCAGUGUCCAACAGAGUUUCCAGACGUGUGGCAAUGACAUUCUGGAACAGCUAAAACUCCAAGACCUCCCAAUCUUCAAAGUAGACACUUAUGUCCUCCCUGCUUCCGGCUCGCAAUGUAGCUCGCUUAAAUUUUGACUGCUGUGAGCUUCCAUCCUCUGUAUAUAUAGUGGGACACCGUUUACAAGUUCGGAAGGUGAUCCCUACACCGCAACAGUGUAGAAAUUGCUGGCGUUUUGGUCCUCCAGUGAAAUAUUGCAGGUCCAUCGCCAAAUGCCCAGUCUGUGGUGCCAAUACUCACCAGUUGACGUGUAUUGGAUGCUUGGCAUGAUUUGUUUACUUUUGAACUUUGUUAAAAUCGAACAUUUCUGCUACUUUGAGCUCAAUUUCAAGGUACUUUUCAUUGUAAAACCAGUCAAAAUCAUCUCAAUUUCUGUAAUAUGUCUUCCAUUCCAUAAAAUGAGACCAAGAAAACUAGAAUACAACAAUAAAUACCAUACGAAAAUACAGUGCAAAGUCGCUGUUUUAUUCCAAAAAAGCGGUCAAAGUUUUUUUUUUUUCUCAUUAUGCACUGUGUGCUGCAGGAUUUUUUUUUUAUACUGCACACACUGACCACAUUGACCCAUUCUUUCAUAUGUAGGCCUACCAGCUUUCUCCCACUAGAUUUGAGGGCGCUAAAAUUUAGGCGUACUAGUACGUCAAAAACCCUGGGUCGUAAGCCGUACUAGUACGGCCGAAACCCUCAAAGGGUUAAUCCAUGUAUGAUAUUUUUUCAAAAUUAUAUAAUAAACAUGAUACAUAACAUAUAAAGAUAAUAAAUACACUCCACAGUAGAAUAAACAUAAACAUGAGAUGUAGCCAGACGACUUGUACGAGUGAUGCCAUAUUAGUAAUGAUAAUAAUAAUACUCAACAAUAAUCACCGAGUCUCAUUAAAUGUCGUAUAUUACGUUAAUAUACACAUAUUCAUUAAUCCAUCUAUGAUAUUUUUUCAUUAUUAUUAUAAUCAAAAAGAAGCGCUAAGCCACAAGGGCUAUACGGCGAUUUUUUUUUUCUCAAAAUCGUGUAAUAAACAUGAUACAUAAGAUAUAAAGAUGAUAAACAUGAGAUGUGGUAGCCAGACGACUUGUACAAGUGACGGUAAGAAUAACGAUUUCUCUAGUGCACCAAUAUUAUUUAUACCAUUUUUUACACUAAUGCAGUAGUCUGCAUAACAGUAAAUCUAUUUUUUGUGAGAAUAAAAAUUCAAAGUGGAAAGCAAAAGAAUGUAAGAGGGCCCUCGCCUUGAGACUUGACUAAUGAACAGAGGAAAUGUCAUUUUAAUGCCAGGAAUGUCUUUCUUGUUUAUUCUGGACCCUAUUCAGAAAUUGGCAUCUUUUGAAAUUUGUGUGAAAUUGGCAAAAUUGCUAAAUUCUGACCAUUGUACUGGAUAGUUGAAAAUGGUAAAUGGGUUGUUUCUUGCACUCAUUCAUUCGAUAGAAAAAAUGGAGUUCUAGCAAAAUAGUCAUGUUUUUUGUCGACUAGUACAGGGGAAUUGGCCAAAAAUUGGGCUCAAAGUGGGCAAAAUCGCCGAUGCGUAAACAUCGCCGAGACCGCUAACCUUGCGAGAGCAUAAUUCCGUAAGUUUUCUAUCAAAUUUCAUACUUUUGGUGUCAUUAUGAUCGGGAAAAGAUUCUCUAUCUUUUCAUAAGAAAAACAAUUUUUUUUUUUAACCCUUAAAUGGUCCAAACGUAUAUAUACAUUUUUUCAACAUCUGAAAGUAUGUAAAAAAAUAUAGAUCAUUUUUUUUUUUGUUAUAUUUGAAAAUAUGUAAAAAAAGUAGAUCUACUUUUGGAGCACUACGAACUGGAAUGUCGAUCUGUUUGGACCGUUUAAGGGUUAAAUUUGGCCGACUUUGAGAACAAGUCUCGGAGAGGGCCUGUCGACCCUCAAAGGGUUAAUGAAAGUGUAGAUAUUAACGUAAUAUACGACAUUUAAUGAGACUCAAUGAUUAUUAUUGAGUAUUAUUAUCAUUACUAAUAUGGCAUCUCGAGACAUAAGACACACUUAAUGAUUUUAAUGUGUACUUGCAUACCAGCACAGUGUGUAAGUUUAUUUAGGUACAGGUAUACAUAAGUAUAAUUAUCAGAGUAUAUAUAAAAUAACUUUUAAAAGCACUUGAAAUUUUGGAGUUUCCAGACACAGUGGAGAGAUGGUAGCGCUUACGGAGCUCAUGGAGAAUGUAAACAAACUGGGUGGGAUGCGGUGACCGUAUUAGAAAGUUAGGUGGGGGAGCCGUAUAGCGAGUUUAGGUCAUACACCUACCAUCCGACUUACGACCUGCUCGACAUACGACUGUUUUUUAUGCCAAAUUUAUGGGAAAUAAACAAGUGUUUGUGUUGUACACAGUGUUUAUCCUAAACCUUACAGUAUAAAAUACAGUACUAACAGCAUUAGAAGUAAAGUAAAACAUUAAAUACCAAAAUAAAGUCAUUACAAAAAUGUUAUGUUGAUAUUCAGUAGUAAAGUUCGCCUUACGACCGGUUUCUUGGAACCAAACUCAGUCGUAAGUCGGAUAGUAGGUGUAAUUUGAAAUGACUGUUAGCGGAACGCCAUAAAGCGGGGCCCUACUGUAAUUAUAAUUUGGUAUAUUUUUUUUUUUUAUUUUUAAACAUUCUGAUUUAAUGAACACUCAGACACUUCCCUAGUCUGUUAUAUGGAGGGUUUAUUGCUGUUACCAUUCUCUACACUCAUCCCUGACUGUGUUGUAGCAACCCAAGUUUCUCUGACUGGGUGUCCAUUUUAUUUUGCCUUGGCAGACACUUAAAUUAUAAAACAACUAUAGGAUCUUAUUAAAUAUAGAUUCAUUGGAUUUCCAGUGCCCAAAUCUGCUUUCUUUUUCUUGUUUUUAUUUGAAAAGAUACUACAAAUCAGAUUAGUGGUAUUUAAGGAGAUACCAUUAGAGCAGCAAGUGGUGGUGGGUGAGGGUUGAAGCAUGUAGACAGUUACUGGUGGAAAUGGGACUGCAUAAGUGAAUUUGUAUAAAGCAAAGGAAACCUGUAUUAUAUUUAUGGGAAGCGUUGAACCUGUUAGUCAUACAGCACCUUGGAAGUAGUAGGGGAUGGAGUUCAUCAGGUUUAUUAUGAAGGGGAGUAUAACUCCUGAUACUUGGAUCAGGAUCAGCAAAGUACCCCUCCCCCUGACAGUUGAGAUUCAAAAAAAAUUGCAAUGUGUAUAAAUUUUUAUGCAAUCUUUCUUAAGCUCUGGCUUAAGAAAGAUUGCUUAUUACUAUUAUGAUCACAUGUUUACAUGUUGACUUUUGGCAUGUACAUAAAGUACACACAGAUGUAGUUUAAAUAUUUUGCCAGAGAUAUCUGACAUACAAUGAGAAGCAUACAUAACAUCACUUAAGUACUUCAAGAAAGUUGUGAUUAAUAUUCAUUAAACAACAAAUCCUGUGGAUGAGCUUCAAUUACAAUGGUGCGUGAUAUAAUACACAUUCAGGCUCAAUCCUGAGAGUACAGCACCAGGGUUUUAUUUUUAGGAAACUGAACCAUCACCAAUCUUUCCAUGUUUCCUGAAAAAAAUGUCAUUGUUGCAUAUUUCUUUUAUCUUGUACAGUAUGUUUGUGACAGACAGUGUAUUAGUAGGUUGUACUACUCAUUAUACUCUACUUUUUAAAUGAAGGGUUACUGUUAUUUACCAUGUUACAAUUUUAUAUGACAGAUACUGAUAGUAACAACUCUUAUGACAUGACUAGAUACUUUUUAAUAAAAAAAAAAAUACAAAUGAAUAAAAAAUAUAUUAAACAUUACCCUCCUAGAAGUUCAAUGUCUGAAGUUAAUUAGUGACUGUCAUUUUGUCUUAUAUAAAAAUUGUGUAAAAAGACAUUUUUGUAUAAAUGUAAAUAUUUACGUAAUAUAAAAUAAAAAAUAAGAUCUUUUAUCCUGUCACCCCUAUAUUUUUUUUUUAGCUUGAUAACAAAUGUACAUACAUUUAAUUUCUUAGUCAUGACAAAAGAAUAAGUGCAAAUCAUUUAACAGAGCAAGGAGAGACUAGUGUCCUCUGGGAAGUAUCAGACAUUAUUGAUUGUAAAACAUCUUGUGCAAAUUAAACUUUUAAGUGAGGUGAUCUUUUUUUACAAAACUAUUUCUAUUAAAUUUGAUUUGAUCAAAUAAAAGAGAAACAAAUUCCAAUUCCUUUCAUGAUUAUAUUAUUGCAUCUUGACUUAAUAUAUGAAGAUUAUCAAAUUACUGUUAUUCCUAUUUUUUUGUGCUUUAUUCUUGUGUACAUCACAUGUUCAUGUAUUCAUAUGCUGUAAAUUGUAUAUAAAUAAAAGUUACAAAAUUCUGGGUAAAAUUACUUUUAUAUGCACAUAUUAGAAAUAAUCACACACAGUAUUACCUUGAUUGAAGGUAACUUCAAAUAAUGUAUUUGACAUAACAGACUGCAAAAUUUAAGUUCAUUUCAUCCUAGGAGAGAAAAAAAAGUCAAUUUAGUUUUGCUCAUAUAUAUUUUUUGGGAUGAGUUUAAAUGCAGCAAAAGCUGCAUAUUAAUUUUUGCUGACUUCUUGUACAUUCCUGUUUUAUAAAACAAAAAAAAAAAGAAAAGAAAAGAGUGGCAAUAUUUCCACUACAAUAAAUUAAUCUUUACAU